AUGCAAAGGCCCCGGUUUAAUACGGAUAUCCUGCCCACUCGACCGCUGCUCAAUCCCAUCGCCCCGGUGAUGGGUUGCCAGGAAACCUACCCACAAAUUGUGAUCUAUCCUCGUCUGUUAUUGAAGUUUGAACAGGCAGGCCUUGAACUAGAGGGAGCUUUAAGUAUGCGGAAGGGGGCGGUAUCGACCCGGGGCAGCGACCCCCGCACUGGGUCACCGCCCCCGCCGCCUCCAAUCACUGACCCACCGCCUCCGCGAGAUGAACCACCGCCCCCAGGUCCUAUAUAG